CGCCUAGGUGCAGAGCCUGCCAUCCUUACAAAACCCGCUUCGCGGAUAGCUCGCAUAGGAGCAGAGCCUGCUAUCCUUGUCCGCAACGCAUAUUUACACGUGGCCGCUCGCCUAGGAGCUGAGUUAGCCAUCGUAGGCCCAAAACAAAAAGAGAGCAGCGCAUUCUCGUUCCCGAGGGCCCGAGGACGUGACAAUAGAAAUUCUGUGCGAUGCGUUGAGAGAUUUUUCCCUCGACGAAUACAACCAACGCUUUACGUCCUCCGUUGCGAGCGAACUGGUAGUCAGGCACCAGAAAGUCAUCGCCCUUUCCGAUAAGAUCGAGAGAAUCUUCUGUUACAUGGCGCUGAUGCAAUUCAUGUUAAGCUCGUUGGUGAUGUGCUGCUUGGGAUACAUGGUGGUGACAACAAUUAGCAACGCGCAAGAUGCCAAAUCGAUCGACAGUCAAACAUUGUUGAAGGCUGUGAUGUUUUACAUGGCCGCCAUGGUCGAGGCUUUUAUAUUCUGCUUUUGUGGAGAAUACCUCACCGCCAAGAGCAAAAUGAUCGGCGAUGCGGCGUACACGUCACUCUGGUACGACUUGACGCACGAGCAGAAUAAAUUUAUCCUGCUCAUAAUGUUGAGGUCACAAAAGAGGCUUACCAUUACGGCUGGGAAAAUAAUGGAUCUGUCACUGGAGAAAUUUUCAAGCGUAAGAUUUCAAUAUUAUGUGAAGUCAAUAUUAAAUUUUCGUUAAUGAGAGCCAGCUCUUGUUGAU